UACAUAGCCUAACUUUGCACGUGCUGUCAAGUGAAGAAAACAGCAAGAUAAGACAAGUUUAAUUUAAAACAUGGGUAAAAAACGUAAACACACUAAAGAGGAUGAAUUUGAAUUUGAUCCCCUUCCCAAACAUUUAGUGACUGCGCAUUUAAAAAAUCAAGAGAAGCGGUUAAUAAUAAUUCUCGAAGGAGCACAGCUAGAAAGCGUUAAGGUGGGAAAUACGUUUGAACUAUUGAAUUGCGACGAUCAUGCACAUAUAUUGAAGAAAAAUAACCUAGAUCCUGGUGCUUGCCGACCAGAUAUCACACAUCAAAGUUUAUUAAUGUUAAUGGAUAGUCCACUUAAUCGAGCUGGAUUAUUACAAGUAUAUAUUCAUACUCAGAAAAAUGUUCUAAUUGAAGUAAAUCCACAAACAAGAAUUCCAAGAACUUUUAAGAGAUUUGCUGGGCUUAUGGUUCAACUUUUACAUAAGUUUAGUAUACGAGCAUCGGAUGGACCUGUGAAAUUAUUAAAAGUCAUUAAAAAUCCAAUCACUGAUCAUUUACCAGUAGGUGUUAAAAAGAUUUUGAUGUCAUUUAGUUCUACAAAAGUAUCAAAUUGUAGAGAACUAGUACCUACAACAGAAGAUCCUAUAGCAAUAGUUGUAGGGGCAUUUGCUCAUGGAGUUGCCUCUACUGAUUAUGCAGAAGAAACAAUUUCUAUCAGCAAUUAUCCUCUAUCAGCUGCACUUACAUGCAGUAAACUGUGUACAGCAUUUGAAGAGGUGUGGGGUGUGUUAAUAGUGCCAGUUUUGUCACUAGGAGGUGGCGGAUGUCCAGAAAAAUUCGGUCGUUAUCCUACUAGUCAAUGUGAUGCUUACAUCGAGUGCAAGGAUGGUGUACCAGAAGAAAAAUUGUGUCCUGAUGGUCUAUUAUUCAAUAAAGAUGUUGGACCAUAUACUUAUCCUUGCCAAUACCCAAUUGAUGUAACAUGUGAAGGACGUUCUGGACUCCGUAAGUUUUUAAUAAUUUCCUAA